AUGGGGUUUCUCAUAUCGAGACGUAACCUAGAAUCAAAGGAUUGGUUGAUUAUAGAAUGUGCAGGUUUUGUAAGUAGAUCAGAAAGCACCAUGGGGUCACGGCCCUUGUAUAUCAUGAAGCGGCACAUGGUGAUGCUGUGCUUGUAUGUGAAGUGGUUGUAUUUGCUAAGAGUAUUUACAGUAUUAUUUGAGUGCGCGAAAUAUGGCUGGGACUGCGUCGGGUCAAUGGAGAUAAGCCUGCGCGGCCGCACUACGGAGCCGAUUGCUCCACCUUCUUAUUUGCCCCAUUCUUCAAUUGCAUCAUGUCGCUUUUCAGAACCCUUCAGAACUCCCCUGCUACCAUCACCAUCUUCCACAAUCCCAAGUUGCGGACUCUGGGCCACUUUAUACCAUCAUUUGGAACAGGCUUAUCAUCACUAUGGAGAAAGCAAGGACCUGUUUCUUGUUGAUUUGAUGACCAACAAGAUGCCCACGUACGACCAGUUUCUCACCAUCGCCCAGGCGUGCUUGAAGGAUGAUACCAGCAAAACCGUGUUGCGCAAUUGCUUCCCGUUCAUGUAUGACCUGAAGAGUAUCCACCACGAAGAGCCUCGGAGUGUCACCAAAAAACUGCCCGUGGGCACCGACUUGGAAAAAAUGGAGGAGAGACUGGUGGGGAUAAAGAUGUUCAGCGAGAAGGAAUAUGCCAUGAUUUACGACGCCUACAACAAGGCAGUGGAGGAAAAAGAUAUACCCGAGGAAGACAUAUUUCGCAGUCCUCUUGUGGUGGAUUGGGACCAGUCGCUUAUCGCUGGGGACGAGACCACGUUGGCUGCGAUAUUGGACAAGUAUAAGAAGUGA